GUGUCUUUGUCUUCGUCUUCUUCACCCAACCCCAUCUUCUUCACCGACCAUUUAAUUGCUCUAUAUCGCAUCUGUUGAAUCUAAAUUCAACAUACUUAUUCGAGCGUGAAUUUGAUGAUAAAUUUAAUGAAUUUUGUGUAUUGAAGUCGGAGCUCUGUGAAUACAUAAAAAUUUAUGCUAAUUCUUGUUUAUUCACUAUUUUUCCUUUGGUUGAUUUUUUUUUAUUAUUAAUAUUUUACAUUAUUCUUGCGAAUGAAUGAACAACGAAUUUGCAGCUUUGAUGGUGUAACGUCUGCAGAUGCAUCAAGUGGAGAGGAGGUUGUGAUAGGGAGACUCACGAUCCAGAAGUUGAGAGCUGAGCUGGAGGUCACUCGGAUUAGAGAUCGAGAGAGAGUUGUUGAGCUUGAGGCGACAAACAAGAAGUUGAGGAUGACAAGUCUCGAAUGUCUUAAUCUAUGCAGGAGGUCACUUCUCUGACAGCGAAGAACAAGGCACUGAUUGCUGAUCGCAAUUUGGAGAUUCUUCAGGCUUCCUGAGCGGCAGGUCGGGCCAUCGCGAAAGAGUACAGUAGUCUUCUAGGGUCUUUGAAGGACAAGUGGAAGAGUAAGAAGCUGGAAGAAAUGGUGGAAAUCCAUUUACAAGAGGUGACCGCGAAUAUCUUUUUGACGGAGAUCACAGAAGGAGGUCUUCAGGCAGCCGGCGAGCUUCAACGCCUCAAUGAGAAUGAUAUUGAAUUUGAUACCGACUUUGCGCUGGCUACGGUGUCAGAUCAGGUCCUUAACGAGCUCAAUCUUCUGCAGAUUUUUGAAGAGUCAAUGACACAGGGUGAUCUCCCAUCUUCUAGGGUGGCCAAUGAUGAGGCUACAGCAAAUGUUCUAAACCCGGGCGCGUCACCGCAUUAUCUGCUGCGUAUACGGCUACGUAUACAUCGAUCGGAGCAUGGGCGUGGUGAAAACGACCAAAUGGGCUGCGAAAUGUGGUGAAGCGAGUUUUGUCCGAGUUGUACGCUUAAUUAUUAA